UCGACCAAAGCAACAAUAAAUUCCCGCCAAUUAUCGAGCCAUUGCAUUCUUUUUUGCGGGAAAUUAUCAAUUUUUUAGAUAUGGUUGCAACGCCAAAAAAACAUGAUCCCGAACAGGAGGCCGACCUGUCGCCGGUUGAUAAAAAGGAGCCACCAAUUGAGCAGCAUGCGCCUGUCAAUCGCGAUGAGAUGCAGUACCUGGAUCUUCUAAGGCAGAUCAUCGCCAAUGGAGAGCAGCGAAUGGACCGCACGGAGGUGGGCACGCUGUCCUUGUUCGGCAGUCAGAUGCGCUUCGACAUGCGGCAGUCCUUUCCACUGCUGACCACCAAGCGUGUCUUCUUCCGCGCGGUGGCCGAGGAGCUGCUGUGGUUCGUGUCGGGCAAGACGGACGCCAAGUUGCUGCAGGCGAAGAACGUGCACAUCUGGGACGGGAACAGCACCAGAGAGUUCCUGGACAAGCUGGGGUUCACGGACCGCGCCGUUGGCGAUCUGGGACCGGUGUACGGCUUCCAGUGGCGGCAUUUCGGGGCGGAGUACGCCACCUGCGAAGACGACUACAGCGGCAAGGGAAUCGACCAGCUGCGCCAGGUGAUCGACACCAUCAAGAAUAACCCCUCAGAUCGGCGCAUCAUCAUGUCGGCUUGGAAUCCGCUGGACAUCCCAAAGAUGGCCCUGCCGCCGUGUCACUGCCUGGCGCAGUUUUACGUCUCCCAGACGCGCGGUGAGCUGUCGUGCCAGCUCUACCAGAGGAGCGCCGAUAUGGGCCUGGGCGUACCCUUCAACAUCGCCUCCUACGCCCUGCUCACCCACAUGAUCGCCCAUGUGACGGGUCUGAAGCCGGGCGACUUUGUCCACACCAUGGGCGACACGCACGUCUACCUAAACCAUGUCGAGCCGCUGAAGGAGCAGCUGCAGCGCACACCGCGACCCUUUCCCAAGCUGAUCAUUAAGCGUCAGGUGCAGGACAUCGAGGAUUUCCGCUUCGAGGACUUUGAGAUAGUCGACUACAAUCCAUAUCCCAAGAUCAAAAUGGACAUGGCAGUGUAGGCGUCUUUGAAAUCUAAAGUUCUGACUUAGUUGAGCAAACAAAAGCCCCAGCUGAGUAGCAAGUGAUCCCCAAUAUCCUUCUUUUCAGUUUAACGUACGAAAAGAGGGGAUGCUAAAUUCAACAAAAAUUCCUUACCAUAUACAUAUAUAUGUUAUUAUUAUCGAAUAAAAUAAAUAUCACCACUGAAAUAUUUUUUAAACACAUCA